AUGAAUCGUUUGUUGAACAGCCUAACGGAAACUGCCGGAUAUGAAAAGGGCUCUAUUGCAAUCCAUACCUUGCGCCGAGGCUUCGACAAUCGUGUACAGCCACAUGUCACGACCACGGAGCUUUCACAAGCCCUCGGUCACAAAUCUCAAAAGAUGUAUGAGCAAAAAUAUAAAUCACGGAUAUCCAGUAUUGAUGGUCAGGCCCUUUUCUUGAGAGGAACUACUAACGCGAAAUCGAUCGAGUAUCUGCGCAGUGCUGCCCGUCACCGAAAUGCCGAUUUGCCUCGGAAAUUGCCGGCCCAAGUAUUCGCUGACCUUGAAGAUAGCCAAGAAAUGACAGCGCUUCGGGGCAGGCUAGUAGCAUUGUCGUCUGAGGAAUGGGAUGAGCGCAAAAAGAUCGGGGAGAUAUAG